GAAUGAUUAUCAAAAGAACCAAAUAUUAGAUGGCUAAACUAUGAGAAUUGAUGCAUGCACUGCCGAUUGUAAGGCAUCAGAAUGGCUUGGGUUACAUUCAACAGUCCUCUAUGGAAGAAGGAUAUUGUUCAAGAAAAAAUUAAACCACUCCCGUCAUUGAAAAUAAAAAGGAAGAUGGAACAGGGAUUUGUAAACGAUGGAGUACACACAAAAUUCGCUACUAAUCGUAGAAAGCCUAUAAUACCCGCUUAUAAUGCUGUGCGCGAUCGCUAUGCGCAGGCGUACUUCCAGUCUCCGCUAGUCAAGGCCAUGAUGGAGAGGAAUUUUCAUCUUGAGGAAUUAAGACGAAGUCAGGCAAAUGUCAGAAACCUGAACAAACUUAGCCACCGACGUCGGUGUAAAGGUACUCCCACCAUUGAAGAAAUUCGGGCUAGGGAACAUACGUUUGUGAAUGACGCAAUCAUUACAGAGAAGAAGCGCACAAAAUACAAAGACAUCAUCCCUGUUUAUGACGCGUCACAUGACCAACAUUGCCUCGGAUACUUUAAGAGACCGGACGUCAAACAUUUGAUUAGCACCACCUGUACCCCAACUGGUUCAUUCAGUUUUGACAGUAAAUUCAAAAGUCCCACCAGGCGACAGAAGAUGAGGGCGUCUGCUCCUUGAAGGACAGCAGACGUUAUUUACAAAUUGUAUUAUGUUAUUUGUAAAAUAGGAUACCUUUGUUUUUAGCUUUCUCUGUAUUAUUCCAAUUUUUACAUGCUCUGUGAUAUGUUUACACAUAAAUAUGUAUUAUGUAUUUUCUAUAGAGCUACCGAAUUCACGUUCACAACUCAAUGAGCUAUAUGUGCAAGGUUUAACGAUAGUCAUUACAUGCAAGUAUUCAUCAAAGAUGGGAGUUCGACGUGAAAGCUACCACCCAGUGAUGUGAUUUCUAUACAUCCAAUUGUUUGUAUUGGUAUCAUUUAAAAAAAAUAUUGUUAUCCAUAUUGUUAAUAAUCUACAUAUAUACACCAUUAAACAAACUUUAGCAUU